AUGGCUACCAACAGCAUCAAGUUAUUGACCGGCAACAGCUAUCCCGAACUCGCUGCUCUCGUUGCCGACCGACUCGGAAUCGAGCUUACCAAGAUUCUGGUGCUCCAGUACUCGAACCAGGAGACUUCCGUGACUAUUGGAGAGUCCGUUCGAGACGAAGAUGUCUUCAUCCUGCAAUCCACACCACCAGGCGACAUCAAUGAUGCUCUCAUGGAGCUGCUGAUUAUGAUCAAUGCAUGCAAGACCGCUUCCGCGCGCCGCAUCACCGCUGUGAUUCCAAACUUCCCGUAUGCCCGCCAGGACAAGAAGGACAAGUCCCGUGCGCCAAUCACCGCAAAACUCAUGGCAAACAUGCUUCAAACCGCCGGUUGUAACCACGUCAUCACAAUGGAUCUUCACGCCAGUCAGAUUCAGGGGUUCUUCAAUGUCCCCGUCGAUAACCUCUAUGCUGAACCCAGCACGCUCAGGUGGAUUCGCGAAAACCUGGACGUCAAGGACUGUGUCAUCGUCAGUCCAGAUGCGGGGGGUGCCAAGAGGGCAACCUCGAUAGCGGAUGGCUUGAACCUUGGCUUUGCCCUCAUCCACAAGGAGCGCACGCGCCCCAACGAGGUUUCGCGUAUGGUGCUAGUCGGAGACGUACGAGGAAAGACGGCUAUCCUGGUCGAUGACAUGGCCGACACAUGCGGUACACUUGUCAAAGCAGCGGACGUUCUCAUCUCCGAGGGUGCAAAGGAUGCGCUCGCGAUCGUCACCCACGGCAUACUGAGUGGCAAUGCCAUUGAAGCUCUAAACGGCAGCAAGCUCAAGAAGAUCGUCGUCACCAACACCGUACCCCAUGAAGACAAGAAGGAGCUGUGCGACCGCAUCGAGACAAUCGAUAUUAGUCCGACCCUUGCCGAGGCCUGCAGGCGUACCCACAACGGCGAGAGUGUUAGUUUCCUCUUCAAGCACGCGCCCGUCGACUAA